ACCCCUGCCUGAUGCGCGCAUAGGCUACAUAAGUGGUGGGCUUUGCAGUCUGUGAAGGCAAGUGUAUCACCAUGAUCAACCCUAUAUGGGGAGGAUCUUCAACCUGCUUGGCUGCAUAAAUCAUAAUCAAGAUGAAGACGUGAUCAUAGCGCAUUCGGCAUCGUUCGAGGCAUCAGUAUACCAUUAAGUUCUGACGCGCACGAUAGAACGGUGGACUCCGGGCAAGGCUACAGAGGUGGUAGACUGCUAGGCGGGGGCUGGAGGCGAAAACAGACCUAUUUUAAUGGUAUUAAUACAACUGAUCACAAUGAAGCGCAGAAGGAUAGUGGUUGCGGCAGGCUUCUGUCUUGCCUUCUUCCUUGGUACACUGAUGAAUUUGCUGUAUAUACCAGGGUUUGAGCACCAUCAGAACCACGACCAUAGAGUACAUCGGUACUACCACGAAAAACAGCAGCAGGUUACAGGCGAUUCGCAGCUUCAAGUCGGCGAGUCAGUCACUGAAGCUGUGGCCGAGUCCAAUAGUAAACCUGCCGUAGGAAGCAGGCAUCAUCAGGACCUUCUGCUGCAGAUACGAGAAAGAUUCGAUGAGGUUGUGCGGUACCGUCAGCGCCAAGCACAUGGGUCUGGCACCGGAGACCCAGUCCGCCAGCUGGAGAGACGAAGGCUCAUGGAUUCAGAGCCAGGGGACAAUUGGGACCCUAUCAAAGUAAUUGAGCGAACCGAAAACCGACAGACGCAUUUUCAAAAUCGACUUUCACCUUCCAUAUACGUGCCCACAGCAUCACGGAAAGAUUUCACUAUGACUUUGAGCAGCGUUAACGGUACUCGGAUGCUUGGCUGCAGCAGCAUAGACAACGUGACCAAUGUUCAGUACCUCGGCUCAGGCUACACAAAGGCUGUCUACAAGGCGUCUCUCAACAACAGCUUGUCGGUGGCUCUGAAAUCAGUGGAUUUCGGGGGACACGAUAUGGAAAAUUGCGUAAAGAAAUAUGGUUCACCUGGAGACUGCUACAGACUGGCGUCCUUCAAAAUAGUGAAAGAAAUGACGCUGAUGGAAAGGCUACAGCACCCCAACAUUCUGAAGUUGUACGGCUACUGCUACCAAGACAGCAAUGACAUCCAGGACACGGUGACAGCCAUCACAGAGCUGGGAAGUCCUCUGGAGAUGAUCCAACUACUGCAGACCUCCUGGGAGGAACGCUUCAGGAUCUGUCUGAGUCUAGUGCGUCUGCUCCACUACCUGGCCCACUCCCCUCUGGGCUCUGUCACCCUGCUGGACUUCAGGCCUCGCCAAUUUGUCCUGGUGGCGGGGGAGCUCAAAGUCACAGACCUGGAUGACGCCAGCACAGAGGAGGCUCCCUGCUCCCCCUCCGACUGCGUCAUGGAGUUUCCUGCCCGCAACUUCACCCUCCCCUGCAGCAGAGGGCGCUGCUUGGGCAUCAACGAGAAGCGCAACCUCUACAACGCCUACAGGUUCUUCUUUACAUACUUGCUGCCUCACAGUGCCCCACCCACUCUAAGACCCCUACUGGACAAGAUAGUCAACGCCACAGGAGAGCUGAUAUGGGGGAUAGAUGAGACGCUGCUUCAGUUGGAGAAAGUAUUGCACCUGUACAGAAAUGGAUUUUACCUGCAGAACAGCACACAGACACACAUAACAGACUAUAAGCAUGUGGUGGAUGCCUCUAUUCCUGAGGAGAACUACCGCUGCUGGCCAUCCUAUCAGCACGAUGGAUGUCUGCUAUCAGUCUUCAGCAUCACAGAGGCUAUUGGUGUGUGUGAGCGCCAUGCCCAGUGCCAAGCAUUUGUAGUGACCAAUCAGACCACCUGGACAGGUCACCAACUUGUAUUCUUCAAGACGGGCACUGCCAGUCUGAGCUCUGCCAAGGGACGGGUCACCUACGUCAGAGUGGGCAGCUGAAUCAAUGGAGGGGGACGAGACUUAACUGCCAAAACUCGCUCUGAUUGGCUAACCUGCUCCUGGGGCAUGCCCUCACGGCUUAGUGAGUCACCCCAUUGGAUGGGUCGGACAGAGGGAGUUGAAGAUGGAUCCUAGACAACACCCUCCAUGGGGCAUAGAGAAGCCCAAACCAGCUAACACUGAAGUGCAAUAAUAUAACUUGGAGAACAAUUAUACAAUAUUGCUCUUCAUAUGAUUCUCCGAAGGAAAUGUUGGGUUGUGCAAGGCUAUAGCUCAGGGUAUAGUGCGGUUACCCUCCUAGCUAAGAAGGGUGACAGUGAACGCCUGAGAUUUCCCUCCUGUGCCCCCUAAACUACACUACAUUGUCAAAAGUAUGUGGACAACUGCUCAUCAAAAUCAUUGGUAUUAAUAUGGAGUUGGUCCCCCCUUUGCUGCUAUAACAGCCUCCACUCUUCUGGGAAGGCUUUCCACUAGAUGUCGGAAAAUUGCUGU